GUUUGAAAACAUGGUGGUCGGUAGUAGAGGCUGUCUAUCGCUGAUCAUCCUCGUUGUUAUUUUGUGUUCAUCAUGGUUUGUUGCUGUACUUCUGGAUUAUUAUACAGGGCACGGCCAACCGCUUAGGCAACACAGAAAUACUAAUUCAGCUCCAUUUCCGAGCGACAAGAUGGAUAAUAUUUUCUGGUUCGUUCAGGUAAAGUCACGGAGUAAACUGUUACGUUUUAAUCACAUCAUGAUGAUACGUAGGAAGUGUUUCCGGACCGGCUUUUGGAAGAAGAAAAAUAUAUGGAUCGCGAAAGGAUUUUCUGUGGGCUAAUUUCGGUACAAUUUCGGCACAGCCCCAUAAUAUUGUAGAACAAAUCUGUUUUCCCAAUGGCAAUGUAUUGUUAGUAAAAUUUCCGCAAAGCCCCAUACUAUUGUAAAACAAAUCUGUUUUCCCAAUGGCAAUGUAUUGUUUUUAUGCAUAAUGUAGAAUGGGGCUGUGCGGAAAUUUUACCCGGCUGGUUUUAUACGUGUUAUUUAACUUUUUAGAAGUGCAAAUUAUACCAAAUAUUAACUAAAUAUAUCGCCCGUAUUUAUAGUUAUUGCCAUCCUGAAAUAAUUUUUCCUGAUGGUUUUAUUGUUGCGUUGUCUCUGUACAGCAGGUGGUAUUAUACUUUAAUCUUAAUAUAGAAUAUGCUUGGACUAAAUUUACUUUCCUUAUAUCUCUUUCAUUACAGAUCUCUGACAUUCAUAUAAGCAAAUACCGUGAUAAUCAAAGAGUAAAGGAUUUGAAGAAAUUUUGUAAUGAAAAUAUAGAUGUGAUAAAGCCUGUGACGGUUCUGGCCACAGGUACUGAAGUUUUGGCUAAACUGCAGAAUACCUGGCCACUUUGGUCUGCCUCACUUACAUAGGUCGGGAGGCUUUGAAGAUUGAGGCAUAACACAAUAGAUGCUUUUCUUAUUCAGUGACAUGUAAAUGAAUGGCCAGGUAUUCUGCAGUUGCUUUGAAGUUUUAUACUAGGUUUUUAUUCCAUAACUGGAUUUGAUAUCCUGUGCAUGUUGAAGAUUGUAGCAGCUAUAGGCAGUUAUAAUCCAUUAAACAUUUAUGCUCAUGUGCAAUUGGUCUAAAUAUAUUAUGUGACCAAAUAAUUUAUAUCCCACUCAAACUGGGGAAUAUCUUGACUGGUGAUAUACCACAAGUGAUGAUCCCCAAUUUCCAAACCAUACAUCUGAGAUGAUGAGUCCUGGCUUACAAUGUAAUAAAAAAGAGAGUUAUUUGUGAUUGUUACAGAAGAAGGGACUGUUUUCCUCAAGCUCUGCUCUUGCAAAACUGUUCACUAAUCUCUGAACAGAUGAUGUCUGCAAAAAAAUAUCAGUGCAUCAUUUUGUGCCUAUUGGAUGCUGUUGUUUAUUAACCAGUCCCCUCCCCCAAAUCUAAUAGACAAUGAAUUUUCUUUUGUUUUUGUUGUUUGAAAUUACUUAUGAUUAAAAAAUUAAAUUCCAGUGCAAAUAUCGUGCUUAUUUACGCUCAUAGAAAAUUGACUGACGUUGCAAAAAUUAGUUCCAAUAACAUAUCUUUUUUUUUUUUAAAUUAAAAAGGUGACUUGACAGAUGCAAAAGAUGUCCGCAAACUUGGUUCUAAACAGUAUAAAGAAGAGUGGGAAGAGUAUUUCAAUGUGCUAAAGGAAACAAAAGUUGAGGAUAGGACAAAAUGGUUAGACUUGAGAGGAAAUCAUGGUAAGGAAGCUUUAGAUGAAUAUCUUAAGAUCCAUGUAAUUAAUCCUUCUACCCUCAAGAUCUAACCAGUAAUUCUCCCUAUUGUCUGUUAUAUAUUUCUUCUGAUAUUAAUUCUGAGAAAUUAGUGUUGGAUCAAUGAACAAUCCCCUAAUUUACAUUUUCUUUCCUCUCAUCACCUGUCAGCUUGAUAUUGUAUUGAUGUUGUGAGGAGAAAUUAUGUCUUCGUCAGCAUGGGGAGUGAAAAAACUCAAUUCAUAAAUUGCACUUUGACAAAAAAUCAGUGAACUAUAAUAAAUUUUCUCUAUAGUUUCAGUUUUCUACUCUCAAGCCCAUCCAAUGUUGGAAAAAAAUUGGGAAAUGAGAGGACCCAAAGGCAGCAAGGGGCUGUGUUCUAUUAUUUGUAAUUGGCCAGAGGGAGGAAGGGGGGCAAAGAAGUCUACAGGUGCACAUGGAUCAAAAUUGUGUGAGCGAAGCUUUUGCACGUGAGCAUUGUUUUUUUCUCUUUUACAGAUACAUUUAGUGUUCCCUCACAUACAAGCGAGGAGAACUUCUUCAAGUAAGUAUGCUUUUAUUAAUAGUUGAAAAGAGAUAUUGGCAAAAUUUUAAAUAGAUCGGGACUGGGAAAUUAUUUCUGGGUGAAAAUGAAAUGUGUUAUGGAAUUGCUCAGUUCUGUGACUAAAUCAAUGGGGUUUUAUUUCAACUUGGGAGUAUUUGCUGUGAUAAUUCUGUGGUGCUUGUAUAAUUUGUGUUUUUUAUCACAACCAUUGAACUUUAGGAUAGAUCAUUGAUUAAACUGAGUGAGAGAGAAAAUCAUUGCUUGUAGAUAAACUUUAAUGUAAAGUGCACUUGUACAUGGAAGUAGAAAGGCACAUGUUUUAAGCUACUCCAAUCUAUCUUAUAAAGGCAUAUAUUUACCAUGCUUAGUUCUUAAAAGAUUUAUAAAGUCAAAUGUCAUUAUUACAUAAAGGGUGCAUGGAAAAAAGCCCACGACUGCAGAUAGACCACUAGAUUCCCCUUUUUAAGUGCAGUAGUCUUUUGUUCCUGUCAGAAAUAAUAAGAGAUGUUGAUAGUGUAUCCAAAGUUUUUAAAGCUCAUUCAAUUCACUAGCUUAAUAACCCUUUAUGCCCUAACAUUAAAAUUUGUAUUUUCCUCACUGUUCUCUAUACAUUUCCCACGGUGCUGACGAGGAGAAUUUGACAAUCAAGGGCUUCUUUAGUUGGUCAUGAUUUCCUUCUUUUUUGUGCCUUAAUGUUUGAUUCAGGGGUGAUUUUGUAGGGAGAAGUUAGAAACCAGUCAAUCUCAGGGCCUGAAGGGUUGAUUCUGUUCCCUUUGAAUUUUUCAGAGAUUACUCAUCCAGUGGCCCAGAUAGAGACAGAGGUACCAUGAUGCCAUACCAGUUUGUCUACAGUACCAAGUUUGGUUCUUAUGCAUUUAAUGGUAUUGAUAUGAACCCAAAUCCUGGCCCAAGGAGGCCCUUUAAUUUCUUUGGUCACGUGGAGCAGGUAUGUGAAAAUUGACACACAUUCUAUAAUUGAUGAUCAUUGGCAGGAGUACUACAAACCAGGUAGUGUAAGUUGAAGAAUGAUGGUAUUUUCUGUUAAAUUUUAAGAAAAAGCCAGGCUCCUAACAUAAGUGUAACCUCUUGAGUUUCAGUGUGCCUGACUGAGUGACUGAAAAAAAUCAUCUCUCAUAAUUAAGAUGAUACCACAGUUAUUCACAGUUGGUUCACAUUUCCGCAAGAGUAGUGUUCAUCAAGAUAUGAAGUGGGGGGAAGCUUGGAGGGUAGAAAAGAUAGGAAAUAUGUCAGAUAUAAGCCUAUGAGGAGGCCCUCCUUACUAUUGGUUCUUCACCCAAGGGAAAUUAUGAGGCUUUGAGCAUUUGAGCAGGCAAUAAGUCUGCAAAGGGUGUAGUGCUAGACCCCCUAAAUCUCUCCCUGACAUGUCUCGUAUCUUGCUUCAGGUGGAAAAAUGCACAACCUGCAGCCCUAAUGAAAUAAGGGCUUGCUUGAAGGAUAAUCAUAUAUCAUAAGAUUUCAUUCUUUCAGGACCGUAUUAAUGCAAUGGAGAGGUUAGCUGAUGCUAGCAAAUCAUUUAAUAUGACAGUUUGGUUUGGACACCAUCCUUUUUCAGUCACAACAACUCCCUAUGUUCGGAGGAUUUUAAAGUGAGUGGCUUAUUAUUCAAUUUAAUAUAUGUGUUUACCUUUCUGCUGGGUUUGUAUGAGGAUCUAUCUUCUACAGCCAAUGACCCAAAAGCAAUAUAAAUUCUGUAAUAUUUAAAGCUCCUGCAUGCAAGUAAUUCUCACUGAACAUGUUGCCUUUCCUCUUCUUUCCUUAGGAAACUCCCACUUUAUUUCCUCUCUAACAAGGACCCUAAGGAACUCUUAUGUGGAAAUAUUUCCUUAUUGACACACUUUAUUGUAAGGAGUAUACCAUUCCCACUUGUAGCAUGUGUAAAUCCAUUUCAGGACUGGAGGAGUUUACUUGUGUGGUCAUCUUCACACUCUGCUGGAAACAUUUCCCAAGAUGCAUGCUGUUCACACAGAUGGUCACAUAGAGCUGGAACUUGGAGACUGGCUUGACACCAGAAAGUAAGCCUUGCAUAGAAGAAAAAAAGAGAGAAAGAAGUAGGGUGGGCUCUGUUGAUGGUGAUGAUUAUUUGCCUAGGGUUGGAAAAACCAGAUAACAAAGCUGGCAGGGUAAUUUCUGUUACUGGUAACUUGUUACUUCAGCCUGUAAAGCUGUCAGCCUACUGCUUAACCCUUUAACUCCCAGAUCAAAAUUUGUAAUUCUCCUUACUGUCAACUAUACAAUUCUCAUAAUGUUAGUUCAGAGAAUUUAGUAUUGGAUUGAUUAAUUAUUCCCAAAUUGAUAUUUUUCUUUACUCUCAUCACCAAUGUGGUUGAUGUUGCAUUGAUAUUGUAAGGAGAGAUUCUGUCUUGGUCAUUCAUGGGAGGUAAAGGUAAUGUCUUUUGACUUUCUCCUUUGACCUGGAAAAACCUAUGAACAAAAAUGCUAGAUUAAUCACUACCUCAACCCAUUGACCCCUAAAAGUGAUUAACAUCUAAUUUCUCCUAACAUUAUCACCCCUGCAUCACACAUUAAGGUGAUGAGAGUAAAGGAAAUGAUCAUCAACUAAAGCAGCUUGGUUGUUAAACAAAUUCUCCUUGUCAGCACCUUAGGAAUGUAUAGAGAACAGUAUGGAGAAUAUGCAUACUGAUCUUAGGGUCGACAGUCAUUCUCCACUCUCUUCAAUUUCAGUUACAGAGUUAUGGCAAUAGAUCAUGACAUGUUCUCCUUUGUUGAUGUUCGUCUGAACAAAUGGCCUGUUGUGCUCAUAACCAACCCAAAAGAUGCACAUUACAUUAUGCCACCCUAUGAACCUCUUGGAAGAAUAAGAAAGUCUUCUCACAUAAGGUAUUUUACACAUUGCCGGCAAUACAUUCAAUUCUAAAUUAAACAAGUUUCAUUUGACCUGCGGAUGAAAAUCAAGCAAAGAAAUGAUUCUCGCAGGUGUAGUACAAUUUAGUCAAUUGCAGAAUAAAACUGUCUGAAACAAAUUCAGGCUUCGACGGCAUUUGAACCCGUGCCUCUUGACUAUUCCGAUCUUCCAAUUCUCCCACAAAAUAAGCAGCAUAUCAGGAAUUGUUUCCGAAUAGUUUCCAGUGGAAUAUUUGGAGUGGAGACUAACACAGAUGUGGAAAAAUCUAUUGGUAAAAUAAUCAACCGGAAACUGUUGAUGAAUCAUAGAAUCGGAAGAUUCACACAAUCAGAAACAGAAAGUUAGAACAAUUAGUCUACUGCAGUUGAGCUUUUACAACCUCAUUACCGUCGACGUAACGUACUGUGGCAAUGACCUUGUUUGUAGUUCAACAUCAUGGUUCCAGUUGAAAUUACACUUCAGAAAUUUCAAUAACCCACCGUAAGAUCUAAAAUGUUCUCAUUUGAAAUUGUUCUGACUUAUGUUUAACAGGUUUUUGGCUUUCUCUCCUGCACCCGUUGUAUCUGCUAUUAUUGAAAUCGAUGGAAAACCCCUCGACUCACAAGUUACUCACGUUAAAGGAGCACUGUACGCUUGUCGCUGGGAUCCCGAAGAAUUUUCAUCUGGCAUUCAUUCUAUCACUGUGAGAGUUCAAGUAAGGAGACAAACCCGCAAAUUCUCAACCUACUGAGAAGAAAAUCUAGCUCUAGUUGUUCGAAGGGUGAUAACGCUCUCCACUGGAUAAAUCUCUAUCUGGUGGAUUGCGCUGUUCGUUUUCUUAAAAAUUAACCCUUGGGUAGCGAUGUAUCCGUUAGAUAGCGUUAUCCGCCUUUUGAUCAACUGGACUCAGGUCUUUUCCUGCAUAAAAUUUCGAUGACAUCUUUGCUUUCUCUCUGAUUCCGCACUAUGCAAAUUUUUUCCUUAUUGUCUGCAACGGGGAAAACCCAAACUUUCAUUUUCGAUUUCAGUCUUGGUCUAUUAAUAAUUCAGAAUGUUAAUCCAGCCUAUCUUCCGGGCAUAAUUAUGCUAUGGCAAAACUUUAACCCGCCGAAAAAAAGAUUUAUGUGUAGAAAGAAAGGAUUGAAAAGCUGCAGGAAUUAAAUUUCCGUAGACGGAACAAUAAUAACUUAUUAAUAACUGUGACCCAGCCAUUUCGGAAAAUAUGGAGGAGAUCAAAAAAAACUUUAACCCGCCGAAAGAAAGAUUUAUGUGUGGAAAGAAAGGAUUGAAAAGUUGCAGGAAUAAAAUUUCCGUAGACGGAACAAUAAUAACUUAUUAAUAACUGUGACCCAGCCAUUUCGGAAAAUAUGGAGGAGAUCAAAAUAGCACAAGUUAUUCUGACCAACCAAAAAAUACAGUGACCAACUGGGUAUGCAUGUAUUUCAGUCCCGCUGUAUUUCGUGAAGAUAAAAUAUCAAAAUGUUUUUUCCUUUAUUUCUUUAUCAGAUGAAAAUAUUUUUCUUGUUCUUUAUGUGCCAUCCAAAUGCAAGGAGCGCAUGCGUUUACAGGAGCAGUUCUUAUUGAUGUUCUUAAAUGCUCCCAUAUGAAACACAUUGUCAACUGAGAUCUUGAUAUAUAGAUGAAUCCAUACAACUAUUACGUUGAGGUCCGGACUUGGCGAGGGUUAUCUCAAAUCGAUAUUAACACCCCUCUCCGCUCAUCGACCUCAUCUUUUGCUCACAAUACUAAAAUUUAGAAGUUUGGUAGAAAUCACGGUCUUUGAAGAUCUAAAAUGUAGAAACGAAUUGCACGCGGGCUGUGAAGUGAGUCAGCGGUAUAAUGGGAAAAUGUCGGUCGGGGGUGACGAAGUCUACGCUAUGAAUUCGUUGACAAAAUUUCAGGCUUACAGAAAUAGGCCAAGUCUGAAUGCUGAAUUACCGUUAAUUACCCACAGCAACUAUACGUUGUCAUGUCAAUUGAAUCCGAUUUGAGGUCCAGAAUAAUGUUAUUUGUACGUAAUGUUGUUGAGAGGAAUACAUAGCCAAGUGUGUUCUAGCAGAUAGUGUUGUCGGUUUUAACCCAGUAGGUGUACAGAGCGAAAACAUCUAAGAACCGAAUCAAGUGUUCUCCUUUUCUAGGACAUAAAAAAUCACCUUACCGGUUCAUCUUUGUCCUUUCUUACCCUUUAACGAACCCGACUGAUUCCGCAUUAUGCAGAUUUUUUACCUAGUACCUGGGGAAACCCCAACUUUCAUUUUCGAUGUAUUUUUGUAUUUUGAUAUUUCACAACGAUAAUCUAUUCUAUCUUCACGGCAUAUUUAGAGUUAUGAAAACUGAAACCCUCUGAAAGAAUGAUUUGUUUGUAGAAAAAAAAAGGAUCGGAAAGCUUCCAGAUUUUUUUUUAGAGGGAAAAUAGUAACUAUUGACUGUGACUUGGCAAUUACGGAAGUAAAAUAUGGAGUAGAUCAAAACAACAGACGAUAUUCUGAGCAACACACAAAUACAGCGACCAAGUUAAGUAAAUUUUAGUUCGGCUGAAUUGAAGAUAAGAUACGAAAGUGACUUCGCCUUGAUCUCUUUACUAGAAAGAAGUUUUGUCUUUCCCUGUCUGUGCCAUCGAAAUCAAUGGAGCGCAUGCGUUAACAGGAAUAGUUCUCAAUGAUCGUUCUUAAAUGCUCCCAUAUGAAACACACAGUUGAUUCUGAUCGUUAUAUAUAGAUGAAUUAAUACCUAAACUAAUUUGAGGUCCGGACUUGGUGAGGGUUAUCUUAAAUUGAUAUCCACACCCCUCUCCGCCUAUCGACCUCAUCUUUUCUCCUUCGAUACUUAAAUGAAAGAAGUUUAGCAGAAUAUGCUCUCUUUGAAGAACCAGUUGCGAGCGAGCUGUAAAUAACAUUACAGAGGUUUUCAAUUGUCAUGUACAGUGCUUUAUAUGAGUUAUGAAUAAAGGGGUAAGUUUCUAAAGAAACUGUGGUGCUGCGUCGGUGAGAGAGUAUAGCAGGUAAUUUAGUGUUAACAACUGGGUUGAAAACGUAAAUUAGCCACCGUAAAGGGUAAAAAAAAGCUGACGUUUCGAGCGUUAGCCCUUCGUCAAUCGCUCUGACGAAGGGCUAACGCUCGAAACGUCAGCUUUUUUUUACCCUUUACGGUGGCUAAUUUACGUUUUCAACCCAGUUGUUAACACUAAAUUACCUGCUUUAUAUGAGUUAGUUGGUAUCAUGGGAAAAUGUCGGUCUGGGGUAGCGAGGACAACGCUAUAAGUUAAUUGUCUUAACAUGUACCACACAGAAACCAAGGAAUUAGUUUAUUUCUUCAAUAUGUCAAAAAAUGGUUAGAAAUUAAAUUCAUGAUGCGCAAUUUUGUCUUUUUGGCCGCUCGGAAGUGAACAGUACUUGCCAAUCACUUCCAAGCAAGCCAAUCAGCGCGCGCCAAAAGCACUUAUCACCUGGGUGGUACGGACUGAUUAAUCUUUAUAUCUUACAGGACUCCGAUGGCCGAUCAAGUGAGAGGACGCAACUGUUUUCAGUGGAUGGAUCCCGUCCAACGCUGGAUCUCAUUCCGGCGUUUCUUCUGUUGACUGACUUUGUUACUUUGGUAAGUACUGGAAGCUCAGGCGAACUCACCUUGAUGUGAAAGGAGCGAUAUGAGUGCUCAUUGUAUCAUGCAUCAUAAAUCAGUCAAUCAAUUAAUGAAUUGUUCGAGUAGCGAUUCAAAAAAUAAACGCCAUGACCAAUAAAAGAAAGCUCAGAAAACACACUUUGAAACGGUCAACUUCUAUUCGCUGUGAAUGUAUUCACAAUUACAAAUGAGAGUGUGACAAAGCGAGUGCGACGCCGAACGAGACUAUGCAAUUGAGACUGGAAACGGGCCUGAUUUCAGUUUGUAUUCGGUGGCUGAUGUGUUGAUAAUCUUCUGCUUGGUAGCAUUUGCAUGUUUGCGGGCACCACGGCCCUAUUACAGGAAAUUUGGACGAGUUAUAAUUUCUAGGGGAAGGAUAUCAACUGGAGAAGGCAAAAGCUACAGUUCUUCGUUUCUGCAUGGCAAUAAUUUAUCCAUGAAUGUUAUGCCUAACUGAGUAUUUCAGUCAUUUUGUGUUUCGUUGAGACUAAACUGAGCUUUCAACUCUUCUCGACAGGGCCGUGUUCUAUACUGUGUUUCUUUUGUAACCAUCGUUUUAGGACUGGGGUGGGUGAGGCGCUGUGAUUCUUCCGCAUGCAAAGGUAUUGACGCUACAGUUUACUUGUAUUGUUUUCUGCAACUCAUUGUCGAGAAUAAUAUAUCAGUCUAGCACAGAUCUCCAUCAUGUUGAACUUGUAUUUGUACAUUUGCCACGAUUUCUAGCUAGAAAACCCUUAUACCCUUUUAGAAGCGUGAAGUUAAUUAAAAAAAAGAAAAAAUAUUUGAACCCAUCAUGAACGGUGUUGAUAGAACAAGGAGCGAUUUCUUCAAACUAUUGCUUUCUUCGUCUGCUAUUUCAGGAUUGCAAACAUUGGUUAACCAAGUUGUAGCCGCCAUCUUUAUCCCUGGACUGGAACUAGGAUAAUAGUUACGCCUUUAAAUUUAUUUCGUAUGAUUACUUUUCACUCUAAGACUGUCCUCUUACUGCAGCACAGGGCACUUUAAGUCACCCAAUACCUUAACUAUUCGUUAUACUACUAGUUAUGUUUAGGGUCCACGCUAUACGAAGGGCUUUAUCUGUUGUAUCCUUCACUGGCCUAGAAGAACUCGAAGACAAGUGGUAAAAGUACCAAUCAAAAUAGUGGAGUAUUAAAUGUUCCUACUGCCAUAGUAACAGUCUUGCAGUUUGAUUGGUUUAUUUACAAUUUUCAGUGACGGUAGAGAGCGAAAUCUCUCCACAGGGAGAUCCGGCAUAAAGUGUGUGUUUCCCUGCUUUCAAUCGUUUCUCAAAACCUUCUCCUCAGGACCCCCCUUUGAAGUAUCCGUGGGACUACCCUCCCUGCAACGGACACAUUCCAAAAAUCUUGGAUGUUUACUAAUUAAAUCGAUUCAUUUAUUAAUUUAUCAUUCAUCUUUCAUUUCCUCGGAGGUUUUCUCUGUGGUGCUUUAGGAAGAUGGUGGAAUCGCCUAUGGCUUCUUGCCCACACCGAUGACCUCUUCUACCCUCUGUUUUUGUUUGGCGUUUACACUGGUGUAGGUGGGUACUUCUCUUCCAUACCAGUUUGUUUUUGUUAUUGCCGUCGUCGUCGUUGUUGUUGUUGUUGUUUUGUUUCUAACAGCUUGUUAUCUCUUCCUUUAGUUGUAUUAUUGUCUUACAUUCUACUUGCGGCUAUUCUUUUUUUGUUUCCUUUGUGUUUCUUUUUCUCCAAUUCGCUUGAUAUCUCGUCAUUCGUUGAAAAUUAGUGGAACAAACUUUACAAAACAAUUAGAGUUCUUACUAUCAGUCAGCACCGACCAAACAGGUUGGUAAAUGUUGGAAAAGUUCUGUUCCUAGAGUUUUCUGGAACGUUUUUGAGGAAAAAGAUCAACAAGAACGAUCAAUAUAGUUAGGCAACUGACUUAUUUGACCUCUCAGUUCCAUGUAAAAGAAGAACUACCUUCAAGUUAAGGACUGGACAAUUUUUGUUAUUUUAUUUUGACAUUUGGUGUCUCAGGCUGUUUUUGAACGCACUAUUCUGUUGUAUAAAAAUAUGCAACUCAAUCGGUAGAACUUAAAAAAAAAAGAAAAGAAAGUUUCGUAUUGUGUAUCACGUUAGGUCCGUGGGUCAUUGGUGAAAUGAUGCAAGGCCAUCUUGGUGCUCUGUUUGUUCAUGGUAUGUAUUUAAAACAGCACUGGAUCCCAGGCUCCUUGACCUACUACUAUGGAAUUAUGCAGGUAAGAAAGACUUGGUGCGAGGACGAUAUUCUGUUUAGAGGGUUAGGUUGUCACAGUGAUUAUAGUAAAUGCGGUGUCGGUAAUAGUAUAAUAAUAAUUAUACAAAAUAGUAGUAACCCAUCAAGUCGAAAAAAUUUGGACUUACGACCGUACGACCGACCGUACAAGAUGCUUCUUUUAACAUGCGUGGUCAACUGUACCGCGGGCACACCAACGUCACGGCUUUGUCCAGUGGUCUAGUGGUCAGUGCACUGAGCUCCGAGUCGGACGACCCGGGUUCUAGUCCUGGCCGGGGUAAGACGUCGUGCCCUUAAGACGUACGGGAAAAAAAAAGCGAGCUCCGCUUUUAGGCUUGGCUAAAUCUAUAUAUUAUACAUUUCUGAAGAAAUUUGGUUCUGGGAUGCUUUUAUUUGAAUCGAGAUUUAAGCAGAGAGAGAGAGAGAGAGAGAGAGAGAGAGAAGUGACACUAGUGACGACAGUAGGCCUCUUAACCCAGAGUAAUAGUAGUUUUAAUACUCCUGAUAUAAAAACGAUUUUUCUCGUUCAGUGUCGUGAUUGCACUGUAUGAGACAUGGGCUUCUUUAAAACAACUCUCGUCUGCUUUGGCAUACGUUAAACUCGCAAUAAAAACGGAAUUAACCAUUGUGACGAUAACUCUCUUAGUUUUGAAUUUUAUGUAAGGCGACUAUUCUCAUCCGUCACCUCACCCUUAAUGCUCUGAGCUCCCUAGCGUGGCAGAGGAAAGGGGGGGUUGCGAAGAGUAACGCAACUGAAUAAAAUAAAGUUAUUGAUUUUUUUGCAGCUGUUCUUUUUAAACUUGCCGCUGACCCUAUACCUUGCUUAUUUUGUGGAGCUGAACAAUACUACAACAAGCAGCAAAGCCGCAUCCCAGAAUCAUCUUUUCCAAUUCUCUCACAGUUACGUGUUGCACUCCCUGAAGAAAGGCCUGGGACAUUUUGUGUUUGUGUUGAUGUUCAUAUGGCAAGCUUCAUCAAGUUUUAAUCUGAUUUAUACCUACGGGGUAAUGUCGUUUAUGUUGAGUCCAGCUAAGAGUUGGUCUCUUAUACUAGUUUUAUAUUUGUUUUGGCGAGUUCACAGACCUAGAAUGAGAUAACGUAUUUAUAGACCAUACGAUCAGUCUGUAAGUAGCUUAAAUAACUUUAACUUAAUUCUAAAUCUAGGAGGCAAUGAGGUAAUUAAAUCAAACAAAUUAAGGAAUUUUGAAAGUAGGCUAUUGUUUCGAGCCUUUUUACCAGGCGCAGUUUAAAUGUUGAAGUAAAUGAAAAAAAAAAAUGUGCAAUUGUUCACUUGUCUCCAUCAAACCAAUCAGUUAUUUAUUUACUCGUUAUUUCAAAAAUUUCAGUAUCCAAAUUUAUAUUAAUCGGAAGGAAGGAAGAGGGAGGUGUUUGAUUCAGGUCAGUUCACAGUCAGACAAAGAUUGAUAUUGGCAAAGACUUUGACUUCAACUCCGCUUACCCGGUGAUUGGUGAACUAAAUUCAAAACUUUUAUUCAAGUCAGUUUAUCGGCUUGUUGUCAAAACAUUUACUACCGAUCACCAAAAAGGGGAAGAAGGAUAAAAAGUGGGAUAAUAUUUAUGAAGAAUUUAAAACUUGAUUAUGAUUAUACAAUUGUAAAUUUUAUGUUGUUUCAUCCUUUAGAUAAACCCGAUUUCGAUUUAUCUUCGACUCGAAAGAUUGGGCGCUCAAGUGUCCUAUUGUCUAGUUUGACAUCUAUUUUUCGUCACUUAAU